CAUAGGAAGUGCAAGAACAAAGAGGAACCUGUUACAAACCUAGAGUUGCCAUUCAUUUGGAGAGUGUUUCUAAGGCAUACAAUUAGGUUUGAGAUUAGAAAAGGCAAAGGAAAGUGACAAAGACUCAAAUUGUAUGAGUAGUAUGGACAGGACUUUCCUCAUUUUGGUCUUUCUUGCGGGAGGAUUGUGGGAGACUGAAGCUGUGUCAGUAACAGGAAAGCUGUGGGGAGACAUCACAAUUAAAUGCUCUCACAGCAAUGCAAUUUCCAAUGUCAAAUAUUUCUGCAAGGGAGCGUGUACAAAUGAAGACGUCCUCAUAAAUAGCAGAGAAAAGACAAAAUAUCCAAAGGGGAAAUACAGUAUAAUAGACAAAGGAAACACAUUCUCCGUGACCAUCUCCAGACUGACAGUGGAUGAUGCAGGAAGUUACUGGUGUGGAAUAGACAGAGUCGGUUUGGACACAUAUAAUAAAGUAGUCCUCACAGUCAUCGAGGAAGACAACGACACGUCAGAAGAGGCAAAUGCAACAUUGCCAGAGAAGCUGGUGUAUAUCGGAGCCAGUCUCGGGGCGGUAGUGCUGGCUCUGGCAGUGGUGCUGCUAAUAUUCUUCAGACAUCGAAACAAAGACGCCAACACAUCUUCUGGAAAGAACCAUAACACGAUCUACGCAUCACCGUCCAGUUUGAAACAAAACGCAAAGCACAGCACUUCCUCUUCAGCAGCUAAUGAGGACGACGACACGGAUGAGACCAAGACUGACGGUAACUUUGGCUUGUCGGCGGAUCAGCACCAAGACACCAGCAGGGACCACGCAGACAACUGUUACUUCAGCGGCGCCAUUUCGUCAGAGCCACAGAACCAACCAGACGACCUCUUUUACACCACUGUCAGCCUCAACACACACACACACCGCAGCAGUGUCACACCUCGACCUGCCGUGGUCACAUACUCCACCGUUACACACAUAUCAACGGAUGAACCAGUUAUCUACUGUAAUUUGCUUUUUCUUAUGACAGCCACUGUGAGUUUACUGUCUCGGACAGUAACUGAAGUAGUACAUUUCAACAACAAAUGUGUCGGAGCACCGGUGUGGCAGACGGCACAUCUCGGAGGCUCUGUCACCAUCAACUGCACAUACCCCAGAGAGGAAGAAGGCCCAAUCAAAUACUUCUGCAGACAAAAUGAGGACGUUCAGUGCAAAACUUUGAUAGAAGCACACACUUCAGGUUACACAAAACUAUCCAGGUUUUCUUUGAAGGACCAUGAAGAGCAGGGAGUCUACACUGUGACAAUGUCCAUGCUGACCAGGGACGAUGCUGGACGAUACCGCUGUGCUCUGCAAACAGUUAAAGACAAUGCCAUGAAAUAUUUAACUGAGAUCCAUCUCCAUAUUUUCAACAGAGAUGACAAAACACAAACAAUAAAGCCCAACGAUCGGAAAACUGCAAAAAUGAUGUGUCACUAUCCAGAGAGCCAUGUGAACAAUACCAAACACCUGUGCAAGGGGGAGAAUCCUUUCAACUGUUCGGAGUUAAUACACACAGAAGAAGGUGAAAUAGAUGCGACUGAAGGCAGGCUUUAUAUAAGGGACAGCAAAAGAUCGAAAUAUUUCUACGUGAACAUCAACAAUCUGAGAACAAGCGACUCUGGAACGUACUGGUGCAGCUUUGGAAGAGGACGGUGCAAUGAUGGAUACACCAGAACCGACCUUUUUGUAGCGGACAGAACCAAGAUCAGAGGUCCUCCAACUCAGCCGACCGCAGCCUCACCAUCCCCGACAUCCCCACCAGCAACCCUCCACGUCGGCCAUUCGAACUCUGGCAUGCUUGGCGUUACAGUGGUGUGUCUGGCCUUGUUAGUGAUAGUUGUGGUUGUGCUGUACAGACACAAACUCACCAGGACACAAGCAUGUUGUGCUUCAGGGGGAUGGUCAGAGCAGAGCAAAGACGCUGGACAAAACACAGAGGAAAACCACAGAAAUCACAAAUAUGAGGAGGUACAGGGUCGGAACCAGGAGGCGAGCUCGGGAGGCGCGCUGUCUUCUGUUUAUGCCCUGAUCAACUGUCCCGCCGACCAGCUCCACUAUGCCAGCGUCAAUUUCCUGAAGGACUCUGUCACAGUCUCGACGGACGGAAAUGCACGAGCCGACACUGGUACAAACGUCUCCUCGCUCUGCGUCUACUCCUCUGUCGGUGGGACUCCGGAAGGCACCCGUCCUCCUACUCUCUCCUCAGUCUCAAGGCCUGGGGAACCGUGAUUCCGUCAGUGUGUGGAUGUUGGGAUGUCCAUUAACAGUGGAACACGCAGUGAAGGAUUUACAUUUUUUUAAGACAAAUGUUUGCUGGCUUAAAUUCAUGACAUAGUUCGCUAACAUUUUGAGCCCUGCUGUCUGACACAAUUUAGAGUGUAUUGUAAAAAUGCUAUGAUUAUUAUUAAUUCUGCCAUCCAUAUUUUUAGUCAGUCAUUCUCAGAAAAUAGGUGCUUGCUGUAUAUUGUAUCUGUAAGAAUAAGAAUAGCCUUAACUUUGUCCUGUAUUUCAGUUUCCAGAGAUGUUAAAUUUCACUGUCUAAUUAGAUAUUAAAAGUUAUUGAAACCUC